AUGGAACGAGCAAACUACUCCGACAUCCCAAGCUUCCAAAACGACCUCAUAACCAUCCGACUGGGCAAAGCCCCCCACCAAACUGACAUCCACAUCUCGGAACAAACGCUCCGAAAAUCCUCCCUCUACCUCAACCGCGCCCUCAACAAACUCGCCACCCAAUCCACCCACCGCACAAUCACCCUCUCCGAGAUCCAUGCCACAGAAUUCUACAUCUACUACCAAUGGCUCCUCACCGGUAAACUGCACACGCGGAAACCCAGCGCGGGCUGCGAAAUCAGAACACUAGUCAUGGUGUGCUCACUGGGCCACCUACUCGUCGAUACUGAUUUCCUGGACACGGUGCAUGAUGCGAUUAUCCAGUUCUCCACCGAGGAUCACCCGGGUACGCUGGAGGGCUUCAUACUCGCUGGUACGGCGCUGUACGAUUGUAUUCCGGGGUUUGCGAGCAAGGCGAAUCCGUUUAUCGAUGUUGUGGUUGAGCUGAUUUGGAAGAUGGAGCUUAGCAUGUCGAGCAUACGGAGGGUGAUUCGAGAGGCGUUUGAAGGAUUACUUGAGGAAGCGGAAAAGUCGAUGGAGACGGAGGUGGCAAAGGAAGUGUCGCAGCCUGAAGCGACAGAGUCGCCACAGGAAGCUCCACAAAUGAAGGAGGAAGAAGACGCGAAAGAAGUGGAGGAGCCAAACGAUGAAGUUGCCCCCGACGUUAUCCCAGAGGCUAGCCAUGUUGGACGACAGGUAGCGAGGCAAAGUACACAACCUAAGGUGCCGCUUUUCAAGGGCGCCUCGGAGUUCGCGAUGCGGUUCACCAAAGUUCUAGGUAUUGCGGGCGGUUAUAGCAGGAAGCGAUCUGUCUCUAGCGGGUAUGACUUUGAUACUCGCAGAGACAGCGCAACCGGGACGGAUAUGAGUUAUGACUUUCCUAAAUUCUAG